AUGAUGACCGAAAAUAGAAUUAGUUCAAGUAAUCACGUUGGAAACAGUAUGACCAGUCAGAAUAAGGGUGAUGUCGAUAAAAGUAUCGAUGACAUCGGUUGGAAAUCAAAAUUAAAAAUACCCCCGAAAGACAGGAGAAUAAAGACUAGUGAUGUAACAGACACAAGAGGUAAUGAGUUUGAAGAGUUUUGCCUAAAACGUGAGCUGCUGAUGGGCAUUUUUGAGAAAGGAUGGGAAAAACCUUCUCCUAUUCAAGAGGCUUCUAUUCCUAUCGCACUCAGUGGUAAAGAUGUCCUCGCAAGAGCUAAAAAUGGAACUGGCAAAACUGGCGCUUAUUGUAUUCCAGUUUUAGAACAGGUGGAUCCCAAAAAAGAUGCUAUUCAAGCUUUAAUUGUGGUACCAACUAGGGAGUUAGCGCUCCAGACAUCACAAAUUUGCAUUGAACUGGCAAAGCACACAGAUAUUCGUGUAAUGGUUACUACUGGAGGUACUAAUCUCCGGGAUGACAUUAUGCGUAUUUAUCAAAAUGUUCAAGUUAUUAUUGCUACGCCGGGUCGUAUGAUUGAUCUCAUGGAUAAACAAGUUGCCAAGAUGGACCAGUGCAGGAUGCUGGUUCUUGAUGAGGCAGAUAAACUUCUUUCUCAAGACUUCAAAGGAAUGUUGGAUAUGGUUAUUUCACGAUUGCCCAAAGAACGCCAGAUCUUACUGUUCUCUGCAACCUUCCCACUGAGUGUAAAGCAAUUCAUGGAAAAGCACUUACGAGAACCAUAUGAGAUUAAUCUCAUGGAGGAGUUAACACUGAAGGGAGUUACACAGUACUAUGCAUUUGUACAAGAGAGACAGAAAGUUCAUUGUUUAAAUACACUUUUUUCUAAGUUGCAAAUAAACCAGUCUAUAAUAUUCUGUAAUUCAACUCAGCGUGUAGAGUUACUUGCAAAGAAAAUAACUGAACUAGGAUACUGCUGUUACUACAUUCACGCGCGUAUGGCGCAAGCACAUCGUAAUCGUGUGUUCCACGAUUUUCGGGCGGGACUCUGCCGCAAUCUCGUGUGCUCUGACCUGUUCACUAGAGGUAUCGACGUGCAAGCCGUCAACGUCGUCAUCAACUUUGAUUUCCCACGUAUGGCUGAAACCUACCUACAUCGCAUCGGUCGUUCAGGACGUUUCGGUCACUUGGGUAUUGCUAUCAACCUAAUCACAUAUGAGGACCGUUUUGCUCUGCAUCGCAUUGAGCAAGAGCUGGGUACUGAGAUCAAGCCGAUCCCGAAGGUGAUCGACCCGGCGCUAUACGUAGCGCGCCCGGACGACGAUGACUCGGCCGACAAGUAA